AGUGUCUUUUGAAUUGUUCUGUAAUCUAAGUGAAACUAUCGUUCAAUGAAAACCAUUACCAUUUGAAUGAGUGGAUUGUUGUCAGUCACGUCAAAAGCUUUUGGAGCCGGACUUUUUAUAUUUGAAAUUUUUUAAAUGAACCUCUUAAAGAGACUGGAAAUUAUUCAUCAUACGAUAUAAUUGACAGUAAUCAUUGCGGUAUAAUAUCCUUUUACUCGUAAUAUGCAUUAGCAAGGCGUAAAACGAAGUAAUAGAAGGCUUCGAAACAAAGAAGGAAAACACGAAAGACGAAAAAGAGAAAAAACAAACAGUGACCGAAAUAAAGGACAAAGUGAAAUAAAGAAUAAGAAGAAGAGGAAUAAAAAGAAAAAUAGAAUUCGAAACGAAUAUUUAAAAAUGCUUGUAACAAUGGAUCCGAGUUCGGGCCCACAAAGCCGUGGACCAUCAAUAAUGGACAGCCCAACAUUGGCACGUGUUGAACGUGCACGUAUUCGAUUAGAAGUGCAAGCAAUGAACAAUAAUGAAAACCACAGUUUAGAUCAACGCAUCAUCGAUUCAAAGAAAAAUAGUUCAAGUAUGAUUGGUCGAAUAGCGCUUGAUUCAUCAACUGGUCCGGUGGUGAAACGCGGACUUCUCUGGCAACAACGCGAUCGCAUUUUUUCACGAUGGAAGGAGCGGUACUUUGUAUUGACACGAGAUUAUUUGCAAUGUUUCAAGCGCGCUUCUGGAUCGGUGAACGAACGAAUCUCCGACAUGGGACAAUUUAUAUUCAAGAUAAAAUUAGUGGAUGUAGAGAAAGUUGAGUGGUUGAAUCGUCGGUCGUAUAGCGCAAUAAGUCUCUUUCUUGGUCGAGAAGGUCGAGUUUUAUUGCGUACUGAUACGGGACUCGAGGACUGGUUUGAACUACUUGAGGAGUGUACAUUGAUUAGCAAAGAACGUCGUCACGCGUUACGUAUAACGCAAGGGCCAAGAUCGCGUGCGUCACUUGCAGCAUUGCCAUGCCAUUCAUCAUUUCAAACAACACAUUCGAGCCUCGGUGCAACAUAUAAUUUCCAAUUAUGUGAUAGCGUACCUGAUUUGAGCGGCUGUGGUGGUGGUGGUGGCGGUGGUGCUUUUACGUCAUCCACAUCGUCGGCACCACGUAAAAUCCCAAUAAAAAAUGGCGCAUUUCAUAUGACAACAAAUGGCAUCAACAAUAAUAAUUUCUUAAUGAAUGGCUAUAGCUAUGGUACACCGUUACGAAUACAAAAUCAUAAUAAAAAGUGCAUUACAACAUCAACACCAACCCAAACACCAACACCAACCAAAACAUCGGCCGCAUCAACAAUUGACUACGAUAAUGAUGAUAAUGUGGUUCAAUUAAGACGAAGAAAUGGACACAUGAACACAAACUCAUCAUAUGAAAACAAUGCCAAUGACAAGCAAAACGAUUGGAUGUACCGUCGACCAAACGCUCCAAAUGACAUCCGACAUUCAUUAUUAACCGACAUUGAUAUAUCGGCUUGUGACAGCGGUUUGGAUCAGGAUCAGGAUACACCACCAUCGACACAUCGACCAUCCAGCUAUCGUGAACCAUAUUAUAUGAUGCAUUCAGCUAGAGAUUCAACUGAUACGGGCGUUAGUUCGUCACGUGGCACACUUAAUCGUGGUACAUUGGUUUCGCCAAAAGGCAGCUUCCGUACGAAUCAUGAAAAUGGAAAUGCUUUAAGACGAAGUGUGCAAGAGAAUUUGCAGCAGUUUCGCAACGAAAAAAAUCGAUAUUUAAAUCAAUAUUCAUCGAAUAAAAUGUCUGCAAAUGACUAUUAUGAUCCAAAUCAAAAUAAAUAUCAUAAAUUGGAUGGAACAUCACAAUCGAUUUCAUCGUCUGCAACAAAUAUAAAUCAUGCCACCGCAAAUAAUAAUUCGCAAGCACAAUUGCAUUCGUAUCAUCAUUACCAACAGCAACAGCAUGAUCGGUAUAGCACCGGAAAUGGACAUUUGAAUGGAACGAACAAUAACAACUGCAACACCAAUGGAAAUAUGAAUGGUUUAUCGUCGGCCGUUUUGCAUCCAGCAUUGCUUAACAUCAUGAACGAUGCACAAGCAAUGAAAUUCAGAGAUCGCUCAUUUUCGGAUAUUCAACAAAAGCCACGUUUAAUCCAUCAAAUGCCCAAUAAUAACUCAUCGAGUCCCCGACGACGUCAAUUUUCAGCUGCUCAAUCUCGCAUUUGAAAUCGUCAUUUACGGCCGUGAUAAUUACUUACAACUGUCAAUUUUUUUAGAAACAAAAACCCCACAAUAUUACAUAAGCAAGAAAAAAAGAAACAAAUGAGUUUGAACCACUUAAAAUGUUUAGCCGUCUUAUGAGCCAAAAGGCGACACCUUCAAACAAAUAUUUGAUACUUUUGAAUAAUUUUACCAAAUUUGAAAGGCUUUUAAAUUUUAGGUGCUUAAGGACACUAUCAAAAAAAAGAAGUUGAUCUUACACAUAUAUAGACACACACACAUAAACAAGAAAAACCAUGUAAUUUCGACGCACCGUUCGUUUGUCACAAUCAAAUUGACUAUUUAUGAUUUAAAAACUGAUGUGAAAACUGUUAAAAUGUUUUCGAAUAGUAAUAACUUCUCAAGAUUUUCAUCAAAAACUAUUUCGGUGACAUUUUAAUUACAUAGAACAAGCAAUAAAAUCAAUUAAUCAGUUUGAUGGAAAAAUAAGCUACCGUUAAAUGAACAUAAGAAAGGAGUUCUUUCAUUCUCUUCGUCACCAAAAACCAAACGCAUUAAUUUAUUGAACAACCCUUCGAGAGAACAUUUCAAUACAGAUAUUGUGACAUUUUGAAGUAUGUCGAAAAAUAUUCUUCAUGUUUAGUACAAGAAAUGUGCAGAGAAAACGAGACAGAACAUAGUCAUUUGUAUAAAAUUGAUGUAAUAUUUGUUUAAGAAGAAAAAUAAUAAAAAAAACCAAUUAGAAUUUAUUAAAUAAA